CACGGGUAAGUGUUGUUGCCUCCGAUCAAGAAGAGAAGCCACAUGCAUAAAUCGACAGAAGAAGCGAAGCCACAUGCAUAAAUUUCUACAGGAGAAGCGAAGCCACAUGCAUAAAUCUACAGAAGAAGCGAAGCUAAGUAAGAUGGCUGUGCACGACGGUUGGCGAAGGCUUGACCCCCACGAACCAAUCCCUACGACCACCCCUUUUCCUAUCCUCCUUCCCCACCACCGCCGAGCUGCAAGCCGUCCAGUGCAUACUGACCCACAUUUCCCAGCUGUUUUUCCUUUCUGUGCCUAUCUGUUGAAAAGACCCGCCCUGCCUUCUUCCCCCAUCUGCAUGGCAUUCCUCUAAGGCUUGCAGCUGGCUGCCUAUGCAGGGUGAGUGUGGGUCUGAUGUUGUCCGUUACCUUGGCAUCCUUUCCCCCCUCCAGAGCAUGGGGCACAUAGUGUGCACUUGCGCCGCCGGUUCCUUGUUCACCCCUCGCCGCUCUGUUUUGAUUUCCUUCAUCUAUUUGGUUAAUAUUCCUUGUGUGUUCUCUUCUCCGCAGCAGGGAAGAGCUUAUUGUCUCUCUCGUGGUAAGAAGGAAGUUUACAGGCGAGUGACGCAGAGGAAUGUACCGGUCAAAAAACCAGCACUACCCCUUGAAAGAAGAGUAAAUAGCAGCCGCUGCGAAGGAUAAGUCGACAAGAGUGAAGCGCGAGGAAAAAGGAGAUCAUGCAGAGAAUCUCAAAGUCGAAGAAGAAAAAUUGCGAUCACCCACGCAAAGUCGAAGAACCUUUGCCUGCGUAAGAAACAGUGGAGUUUCACAUCAGUGAUGAUCCUGCAAGUGGGGUGAGAGGUUGAGACGGAAUGCCAUUUAUUAUGGUAUAACAGAAGCUAUGUCUCUCUCCUUGCUUUGCUGAUUCAUCGAAAAAUUUUGCUCUCGCCGAACACCAAAUCCGUGUACCGGGAACUUGAUUUCGGAGAACCUGAAAGCAACGAUGAAUCAUAAGAAACAAUGAAUGCGCGGCAAAGCAAUCAAGGUGCGUGCUUUAUCGAUCAGCCGUUGAUUGAACUAGGGUGGGUCAGCUGUACCAGUGAAGGGGCGCGGUUUGUUGAGCAAGUCAACGUGACUAUGGAGAUCCCGUUGGAGCUCUGCAGCAUCAGAUCCACCAGAAAGAAAGAUGGGGAUUCGGGAUUGACGAGGUACGUCGUUGAUGGUGGGGACCACAAUGCGGCACUUUGGGGAGGGGCUGUGUGCUAGCAUGCAUGUCUGCGAAGAAGGUUGCGAUGUGGGUGAAAUAGUCAGCUGCCGCUUACGCGUUCUUAUGCAGAAGGCGAGUGGGAGCGGUGUCCCUGCUGUAGCAGCCUUUUUUUGCUAGUUUUUCGUAGCCGCGUCCCUAGCUCAAGGGGGCAAGGGCAGCAAGAGAAGGAUGCUGCGAAUGUGACAAGGAAAGAAGAGCGAAAUGCACAAAGGGCUUCUUUUCUAGUGUUUUGUAAUGUUCCACUAGCUCGAGGGGCCAAGGAAACGAGCAAAGGAUGGCGCGCGAAUUUAUCAAGGGAAAAAGAGCAUGGUAGUGCGCAAAGGGCUUUUCAGGAGAGACAUGCGGGAAGGGAGGAGGGUGUUUGCAGUGGGGGCACUAAUUGCAGUACAUGUAAGCACGUGCUUACACUUGUACACUUUGGACGAAAUGUGCAAGAACCUGGCCGUGUUUGUGGUCAGGUGCAUUUCAGAAUGUCCUGUGCGAGUAUGCGCUGAGUGUGGGAUGUCAAAUGAAAGGUGAAGGACGAAACUGAAUGCGGCGCAAAGGAGAGGAGGAAAGCACUGUUCAGGGCGAAAGGUGGGGGGGGGGGGAGAGUCGUCAGAUCCUCUCAUCAUCUAGAACAGCAAUCAGAGCCAAAAUACCGGCAAGGAACGAAGGAGAUUCGCGGGAAUUUUUUAUCAUCUGGGAAUGACAACCUAGAUAACAGGAUCGAAGGGAGGAAGAGAGAAUCGACAACAGGGUAUAUAUAUAUAUAUAUAUUGUCCUCUUCUCUCUCUCUGCCUACGGUUUACCGGGCAGUUCUAUUUGUGACGAUAUAUAUGUAUAUAUAUAUAUACAUUAUCUCCUUUCAUCUGCAAAUGGCGUAGCCGCAUUUGGACUGAAAACGGCAUCACAGGAGUGGUGCGAAACGUUUCAUCACAGAGUGGUGCGAAACGGAAAGGAAAGAGGACAACAAAGUGAACGAGCGUGGAAUCAUCACUUCCUAAAGGGUGAAAGAUAUUUGGGAUUUGUUUAUCAUCAACUGGGAAUGGCAAGCUAGAAAAGUGCAGCGAAGGAGGAAGAGAAGAAGAACCGACAACAGGAUGUUUAACCAUCUUUCGUCUGCAAAUUAUGAUGAAGAAGCCGCAAUGGAGAGUGUAAAAGCUCUCGAGUCAAAUGAUCUCAUCAGGGAGCGGGAAGUUAGCGAAGAAAGGGGACAGCAUAGCGAACACCAAAUCAUCCGCUAACGAUUUUCGACAGAAAUUGGCUAAAAGUUACGACAACCAUGCAAGAUAUGGAUGAAUGGGGGGGGGGGGGGGGGGGGGGGGUGUGCGGAAAUUUUCAAUCAAGAAGGUAGGUACCUUUUGAAUGGGUCAAUCUAUUCAAUUUGCAUCCGCGGGAGAAUUUUCAAGGCACGAUAUAGUUAACGGUUGUUAUCUGUGAAGUGGCAAAUAGCGUCAAUGAAAAUGGGUGAUGAGA